UCGACCCGGUACCUUGUCAAAAGUUCAAACUUCAAAGUUGCGAAACAAAAUUCACCAUCCUUUCGCGCACAGCAUCUCUGCAAACCCUAAUCGCAGAUCCCAGCAAAAGAGACUCCUUCUACCUUAGCGAACCGCCAUGGAUUACGCAGCUCGAAGAAGAGGUCAAGGAGGCCUUUAUGAAGGUCUCUACAGAGUCAUCAUGCGCCGUAACUCUGUCUACGUCACCUUCGUCAUCGCCGGCGCUUUCCUUGGUGAACGGGCUGUGGAUUAUGGAGUUCAUAAGCUCUGGGAAUACAACAAUGUUGGGAAACGGUAUGAAGACAUUCCAGUUCUAGGACAGAGGCAAUCAGAGGAAUGAAACCAUCGUGUUCUGGCUGGAUAUUUUGAAGUUAUUGAGGAUUGUGGGUCUGAGCAUAUAUCUAUUAGGUAGCAAUGUUCAUUGUUGCAAUAAAAUUUAAUUUGUUUUGGUGGAACAUAUUCGUUUCUUAACGAUGAGUUGGUUGAAUCAUCUUUGGAAAUUUCCGGUUAUUCGGAAUUGUGCAUGGCUACAAUGUAUAAUCUACUUCAUUCAUCACCGUGCAAUUUGUGAUUGUUGAAUGUAGAUUAAUUCAUCAUAGUUGCAUUUGUGUUAAGGAUUACGUUCAGUAA